CACUCAAUUUCACGCACUCGUUAUCAUUACACGAAGAAACCACUGUAAAAGCACAUAACAUCCCAACAGAAACGUCGAACUCUCUCGCUCUCUCUCUCUCCCCGUCUCUCCGGCAUCGGUUUUUUUCGACCGUUGUGAAUUUUCUCUACCAGGUAACCGUCACUACCUUCCUUUCUUUUUCUUACACCAUUUGUUUGGUUCUCCAGAAAAUUAAUUAAAGAAAAUGCUGUACAGUUUCUUGAUCAUAUUCAAUGCGCGAAGCUCCAAAAUAAAUAAAAUUAUUAUUCUUUUUUCUUUUUCUUUAAUUUCAAGUUUGAAGAACAAGUUAUUAAUGCUAAGCUGAGUUUUGAUACAAACUAUAAAGCUUGCUUUUUUUUUUUUUGGAGUUCACGUUUUGUUUUCUCUAGAUUUUUCCGAGGAGCCAAACAGGAUUUUUUGUGGCAUUUUACAUUUUUACCCUCGCUCCAUUCUUCUCAACCUAUAAACUUCCAAGUUUUGUCAAUAACGAGUUCCAUGGCUAGUUUUUAAGUAAUCAUGGGAUUAUUGUAAUUGUUUUAAGAGCUUUUCUUCUUCUUUUCUUAUCUAUCUGUCAAAAAAAAAAAACUUUUUGUUUGCAACCAGGGAGGGACUUUGUAUAUUUUCAAGGAAGAAGGAAAUAAAGAAAAUGGCUGCUGCCCCUUUCAUGCAUUUCUUAAAUUAUCUCGAUUGAUCUAAAUUUGAUGAUGUUAUUAUUAAUUAACUUGACCAGAAACUAGGAGAGAAAAACGUUAUUAAACAAACAAGUCUAUAACAGGAUCUUAGUUAACAUGUAAGAGGUUUAAUGAAUUGUUGUUUGGAAACAAUGUUGUUUGUUAACUCAUUUAUGCCAUCUCCAUUAUGUAAGAGGUUUAAUCAAUUUCUGUUAAUUGAUUUUAUUAUUAUUUUUUUGUUUGUGGUGGGUACUGGGAUGAUUGUAGGAAAGAACAUUGUGAGCUAGUUUGUUUUAUGAAACAGAUGUUGGAUGUAACUAAAGGGAUUUUAAGGUCAAUAACAUCAAUGUUAUUAAAAAUAUUAUGUGAGUUACAUUUCAUCUCUUAGCUGUUAUAGCACGAGCAUUUUUUCUUGUCUAGCUUACCAUGAUUCUGUUAUUCAAUGUGUUAUAUUUGGCAUUGCAACUCGCCGACUUUUCUGGGGAGUUAUCGCAGCAAGAUUUAUUUUCACUCAUUUAUGGGUAAAUUUAGUGCUAAUUUGCUCCAAAAUAUAUCAGUACUUCUUAUAUGGAUUUUUCAUCUUUUUUUUUUUUCCUUUCUCUCUUUUCCUUUUUUCCAUUCAUUCUCUGAUCGGUAUUUCAUAGCUUUAAUAUCAUCCACUAGGGCAAGAAUAAACCCCAUCUUACACCAUCCUCAAAUUUUGAACUUGGAGAUUUGGCAAGUUAAAAUCUUCUUGGACUUAAACUUCCCCUCAGUGGUGCUUUAAGCAGGUGAAUAUCUUAGGUGGCACUACAACCUUUGAAGGGGAGGCUAUAAUCAGGUUUAUCAGCAUAUGGAAGUUCGAGGAGCUUUUAGUUCAGAUGGUGGAAAAAGCCAUCGUGAAUUAACCCCUCUAAGGCUGAUCAGGGGAGUUGUAUGUUUAUUGGUGCUACUUUUGACAGCAUUUAUGACAUUGGUUUAUUGCGGCUUUGUGAGUGCUGUUCUGUUGCGACUCUUCAGCAUACAUCUCAGCAGGAAAGUAACAUCCUUUUUCUUUGGCUCUUGGUUAGCUCUGUGGCCUUUUCUCUUUGAAAAGAUUAAUAAAACCAAAGUAAUUUUUUCUGGCGAGAUUGUUCCUGCUAGGGAACGAGUUUUGCUUAUUGCAAACCACAGAACUGAGGUUGACUGGAUGUACUUGUGGGACCUUGCUUUGCGGAAGGGAUGUUUGGGAUGCAUUAGAUAUGUUCUUAAGAGCAGUUUGAUGAAAUUACCUGUAUUUGGCUGGGGGUUCCACAUUUUGGAGUUUAUCUCAGUUAAGAGGAAGUGGGAGGUUGACGAAUCAAACAUACACCAAAUGCUUUCAAGUUUUAAGGAUCCCAGGGAUCCCCUCUGGCUUGCUCUUUUCCCAGAAGGAACAGAUUUCACUGAGCAGAAGUGUACAGAGAGUAAAAAAUACGCAGCUGAACAUGGGUUGCCUAUCCUGAACAAUGUGCUGCUACCAAAGACAAAAGGGUUUUAUGCUUGCAUGGAAGAUUUGAGGGGUUCAUUGGAUGCAGUUUAUGACGUGACCAUUGGCUACAAACCUCGAUGCCCAUCUUUGUUGGACAAUGUCUUCGGGGUGAACCCUUCAGAAGUUCAUGUUCAUGUCAGGCGAAUAGCCCUUGGUGAAAUUCCAACAUCCGAGGAGGAGGUUUCUGCAUGGUUGACGAAUACAUUCCAACUGAAGGACCAAUUACUAUCUGAUUUUUAUUUGCAAGGCCAUUUUCCUCAUCAAGGAACUGAAGGGGAUCUUUCAACAGUGAAGUGUCUUGUAAAUUUUGUGGCCUUAAUGAUGUUGAUUAGCACAUUUACAUUUUUCACUAUCUUUUCUUCAGUUUGGUUCAAAGUUUAUGUAUCUUUAGUGUGCUGUUACCUGUCAUCAGCAACCUACUUCAAUGUUCGUCCGAAGCCACUUCUAUAAGGUGGCAUAGAACAUCAAUUGCAGGUUAGUGGUGUAGCAAGGCUUAAAAAGCCAGUUGCAUUUUGGAUAGAUCUUAAAAAUUGCGCGCGCGCGCACACGGAGAAGGAUGCUGUAAACCUCUGCUCAUAUUGGGUAGCUUACUCUCAUGUUAUGCCUAUAAAUA